GUUGUAGUUGUGGGCGUGGGUCUCGCAUUAACAGGGACCGGUUUUGCCUGUAUUUUUCUGCCCACAACGCUCAUCAUAAACGACUAUUUCCCUGAUAAUUUUGUCAUGAUGAACACGCUUUCCUUGUAUGGUCUGACUGCAGGUGCAGCUUUCAUACCGUUCAUCGUAGAAAGAUCGCAAGAGGCUUACGGGUACCACGGAAGUUUUCUGAUUAUAGCCGGUAUUGGUUUUCACGUCAUGGUGUGUGCUGCGGUAAUCCGUAAACCAAUUAUGAAGAAAAUUAAAAGUCAUUGUCCUGAAGCUAAGACGAUGGGACUGGCUCGAACAGAUAGCGAGAUGACAAGUAAGCUUAUACGACCGAAAAAUAACAGCGCUCUGGAAUCAAGGGGUAAAGAUAUUCCUUCUCAGGAACAUCAGUCAACCAGUACAGGAUCUGAUCAGUCAGCGAUUUGGCUUGAUGACGUUGCUGCUGCUGUGACCACUGAACACUUACCACUGAUCACUGAAGAAGACAACGACGAACCGGCGGGGGUGUCUGCAGGGACAUCGAAGGGCAAUGCCGAACCUUGGUAUAAGUUCUGUUGCAGAGGUCUCACCUUUCAUGACUGGCUGGUCUUGUUUAACAUGCCAUCGUUUUACAUCUUCUCAUACGCAUUGUACGGUUGGCUGCUGUUCUUGGUACCCCAUGCCGAAUCCCUUGGAAUUACCAGUUCCCAUGCGGUAUUUUUAUCCUCCUUGGCAGGUAUUGGAGGUAUCUUAGGAAGAACAGUGUUCAUUAUUCUCAUUUCUAAAAACGUCGAUCCUUUCUUGAUAUACAUCCCUAUUGGUAUUGUCUGCACCCUGACUUUUCUCCUCGACUUCACCGGGUCAGGGUAUACUGUACGGGCCGGUUUGGCGUUCGUCCAAGGCAUUUGUUUCUUUACUGAAGAUACUAUGCCUUUUGCCGUGGUAAAGAAGAUUGCAUUAGACCCAGACAAAUUCAGACGAUUUACUGCAAUGGUACAUUUAUUUUUGGGAUUAGGAGCAACUUCAGCAGGUUAUAUGACAGGAUUUCUGUUCGACAUAACUCAAUCCUACACCAAGGUCUUCAUGUUCAUCGGUGUUCUUCACUUUGUUUCUAUGGUAAUCUUGAUCACCACCGUUAUCUUAUUGAGAACGCAUUCACCGAGGAUCACCACGGAAGGGAACAAGUGACGUCAUGAAACCGUCCGUUAACACAAAGCACCGGGACUGAUCGUAUUGUUGACUUCUUCGCUUGAUCGCUCACAAUGAUGAAUGUAAUCAAGCUAUAAUUUAACACUGCAAUCAAUCGCUAAAGUUAAAUAGUGUUACAGGACCAAGAUCAGUGACUAUAUAGGAGCCCUAAUUUGCUAUAAGCAAAAAUAUGAGUGGGCAUUUAAACGUGAAAAAUGUACGGUUCUUCGUACAUGUACUUCCUGAAAUGUAAAUAAUCAGGACUAUGUAUACUGCUUAAUAAUAUGAACAUUCGAUCUAUGUAGAUAAAUGUUUUUCCAUUCAGCUACUUAGGCAAGUAAAAGGGAAUGAUAAUAUUGAUUGCAAUACAAAACAGCUAUACCUUACUUUGGCGCAAAUCAAAAUUUGCAUCACUUCUAAGAAUACCAACUGAUCAUACUUGAUAUGUAAUACUUAUGCAUUUCAUGACAUGUUUUUUCCCUUGAAUUGAGGAUUUGCGAGGUGUCAUUUCUUUUUACGUCACUCACACGAUAGAGUGACCCUGUAUCCUCGUCACUGAUUUUGCAGAUUGCCAGAAGCGACGGGAAAUCGUCAUAUUUUAGUCUGUUAUCCUGUACUGUCUAAAAUUAAAAAGUGUAUUUACUUUUUAUUCAAUUAUUAUUGAGUUGUGAAAUGGUUAAGCGUUAUCAGCUUCAAGAAGAAUAUGUUUGAGAGAAAAUCAGUAUAAUCAGAUAUGUUAAUAGAUGGCGCCUUUAACAACAUGAAGUUUAAAUCAAAGGUCAUUUGCUUCAGAAACAACUGUCAGUACAUUUCCACAAAACACAUAUCAUAAAGCAAACCCAUUUUAAGUGCGACGAGACGAUAACUAAAGUAUUAGGCCCACAGAACAAUAAAUGUCGACGAUUUAUCUGAUGGUCCAAAGUCCAAGGUAUGAUUUAGAAGUUGAUGUGAGCUAUGAUUUCAUUUUAAAGGGUGGAUGGUAGAUUAACACCGAGAAUCAUAGACCGUGCACUAAACAGUAUAUAAAUUCGCGAGUAUUGGUCCUUUAGUGUGGGGUAGAAAGAGAGAAGAAGAAGAAGAAGAGAAGGGAGGGGGAGAGAUCAAGGCGGGGAUGAGGGAAAGGGGAUUAUAAAUGAACAUGGCAUUAGUAGAAUCGACAAGGGUAUAUUUAUUCACAUAUUGGAAUCUUAAGUGCAACAGGAGUAAAUUAGCAAUUUUAUAAAUAGAUUUUAAAAGAUCUGUUUGUCAGAAUUGUUAAUUUGCGUUUUCCAACAGUUUGCCAAUAUAACAUCAUAAUAGACUCAAGGAAAAUGCAGUUGUAUAUUUCGACAGCUACUUAGAUGCUGCUGCAACGUCCCCUAUGCAGAAGCUGCGAUACUUUUUUUUUGUUUCAGCGACGUCUCAGCGAUGCUUCCCAAGCAUCGAACUUCCUAUACAUCGAACAUCGCUGCGACUGUCUGGGGCAACUGUGUGUACCUUUGUCUGGAGACAUCCAAUAGCGCCCGAGACGUCACUGAGAUUUUGUACAGAGUUCUUUGUUAGACUUUAUGUUGGAAAGGUCUCCAUGACUGUAGUCUCUGAGACAUUAACAGACAUAUAC